ACUAUUAUUUUUAUGUUGGUAUUUAUAUUGAUAUAUUACCAUAUCCUUGAUUUCAAAAAUAAUAUUAAUAAUAAUAUUAUGUAUAAAUAUUCAAUUUUCGCACGUAAAAAAUCCUCAAUAAGAAAUAAUGGCAGCAAAUUAAUAGACAUCGAUUUUCAUUACAACAUAUUUAAUUUGGCAUGCAAGGAUGACCAUCCAGAGUUUGUGAUCUUUGUGUCAAGUUCUACAUUGAAUUUUAAGAAGAGAGAAGCAAUUAGAAGCACGUGGGGUAAUAACCAGUCUUCACCCAUAUUGUUUGCACUGGGAAGUGUUCAAAACAAGACAAUACAAAGUCAAAUCAACGCUGAAAAUGAAAGGUACUCGGACAUAAUUCAGGGGAGCUUCGAGGACACUUACAGAAAUCUGAGCUACAAACAAGUUAUGAUGCUUAAGUAUGUAAAUAAAUACUGUUCAGAUUCAAUGUAUUUAGUGAAAAUGGACGAUGAUGUAUUUGUGAAUAUGCAACAGUUAACAAACUUUAUUCACAAUGAUUUAAGUCCAAAUUACAAAUUUAAUUUAAUCAUGGGAGAUGUUUAUAUAGAUGCACCUGUUAUUAGAGAACCAUCAACAUGGAAAGUGACCCCAGAAGAAUUUUCACCAAACGUGUAUCCAACUUACUGUCCUGGAUAUCGAAUAAUAUAUUCUAUGGAUAUUGUGCAGUAUCUUCAUAGACAAUCGCAAAAUCCAGCUGUUAAAUUUUUUUGGGUUGAUGAUGUUUUUGUCAGUGGGAUUUUGGCUUCUAAAUUGAAAGACGUUCAUAAGGACAUAGGGCCUUUAACGGCGACUCAUACAAGGGUCAAACAAUAUUUAAAUGGUUCAGCAAAAUAUGAUUGUUUUGUGUUUAGUUCUUUCAGUUUCGAUAUAAAUAAAAAUGGACAAAUGAUGGAGUUUUUACGUAAUCAAACUCCUUGUUUUUCUGUUUCAAAUCGUUUAAUUUGGAUGAAUAAAUAA